AUGUUUAUCAUCUGUCUUUUAUUCUUUUUUGCGAAAGCUCUAUCGCAAUCCAGUUACACUCGUUUGGAUGCGAUUCAUUUUCGCAGCGAUAUUGCUCUUCCAGGACGUGUUCUGACAAACGAUGAUGCAUUUAAGCUGCUAGAACGAGAAGCACAACUGACUUUUCAACAAAAUCUACCAAAAUAUCUUCAGGAAUUUAGAAAUACCGGAGAAUUGAAAAAAGUUGAUUUCACUGAGUAUGAUUUCGCAGUCGUUGGCUCUUUAGCAACCUUUGACGCUGCCAUCACAUUUACAGAAGGGAUUCAAAAUAUCCACGUUGUGAGAAGAGACCAAGCCGCAGGAUUUUCGGGUCUACCAAAUCCAAGCAAUGACAAACUGCACUCUGCAGUCCAACGACUCAAUGCCGCACGAAACAUCGUUCAGCUGAUUAAAGACAAACUAAAAAAUGGCGUAGUAAGACCUGACCAGUCACUACUCGAUAAACUCAAAGAAGCCCAGACAUGGCUUUCCACCCAAACUGGAGGUCAUCUUGGUUCAGGAAUGAAGUUUGCUUUGAAAAAAUCAGGAGUGAUACGACGUUUGCAGGCAAAAUGGGGAGGUGCUACCUCCUUAAAGUUUCGAAAUUUUGAUGCUGGUGUGAGUAAUGGUUUGGAUUCCCUUAUUAACGGCUAUAACACCGUGGUUAACUCCCUGAGUGUUGGUAAGGAAGCGAGUGUCCCUAACAUUCUUGCGUUGACCAGUUCUAUAACAGCUAUGGCUGGCGAUGUCGCAAUGGGUGUUGGUCAGGUCCUGUCAGGUGCAGCUGUGAAAGCGUCGAUAAUUGCUGGCCCAGUAGCCUACGGAUUAGCAGCUACAUUUUAUAUGGUGUCAUACGGUACAAGCGUGGCUCAAGGAUUUACUAGUCAAGAGAAUUUGGAACCAAAAGACUAUGUGAAGAUAUUUCUCUCACCACUGGUGCCUGAUCCCACCUUUGGAACAACAGUGGAUAUAAUAGAUAGCUUUGCGAAAGGAAACUAUCUGGAAGGUUACUAUCUCUUUUUAUCACAGAGUUUUCCUGCAGCUCUCGCGAUCGCAGGCAAAGCAAUAGUUGAUAAGGUCACCGGGUCAUCCUAUCUGUACAGGUAUCUAACAGUAAUGAACUUUCUUCGGGUUCUUGUACACUACGACAAAAUGGAAAAAUUCAAAGCGAACGUACAAAGAGAAAUACUUGCCACUGUAAGGCAACUAAAACCAUGAUCUCUGGGUAGACCCCAGAGUAUAAUCGACAUGAUCGUUAUGUCGUCGAGGGUUGGGAAUCGGACAACAUUAAAGAGGAAUUUCAAAUCUCUGGCGAGCUUACUCCUAUUCAACUAUUUAUAGCGACAUACUCCAACCAAACGGCAAGGCCGAGUGUUUGCCCAGAGGAAGCAGAGAAGGGAUUCACGUUCUGUCCCACGGCUUCUCCUCAUCAGGAUGACAGACUGAUCUUUUUAGGAAGUGACAAUGUCAACGAUAAGGUUAUACUAGAUGACAACUGUGAGGCUUAUGGAAUGGGUGGAAAUGAUCAUUUUGUUUUGAAAGCUGCAGUUGUAAGAAAAGGAGCGAGAAUAAACGGUGGAGAAGGAAACGACAUCAUUGAUAUAACAAAUACCUUUUACGGGAGUAGUUCUUCGGUGACUGGUGGUGGUCCAGAGAGAGAUGUCAUUAAAACUGGUCCAGGCAAUGACACAAUUUUAGUUGACAAUGAUGAUGUCGAAGUAACGAAUGGCGACAACACACUGCUUGUACAAGGGAAAGGAAAUGACAAUAUCCGCUUGGGUACAGGAUCCGACCUGGUAAUUGUUGAAAAAACUGGUGGAAGUAUUUCUAUUACUCGCAUCGCAAGAAAUAAUAGACGACCGGAGCAAAACAAGCCGAAACGAAUUGUAUACAAAGGUUACGAAAGGAUAAAGGAUAGCGAUAAGACUGACUUUAUCGAAGGCAGUCCAACACAAUUUGACUUGUUGAGACUGAGAAAGUAUUGUCCAAAUUUCCAGCAACACGAUCAUGAACGACUUCUUCUUGUUCAAUUCGAAACGAAAAUUGACGAUUAUGUCCAUGAGGUCGGACGGGUAAUAAGCGACCUUUUUAAGGGCCAUGAAUUUGAAGUGGAACGAAUGAGAUCUAAAGCUCAAAUCAUCCAAUUCAUGUUUAUGGAAAGGUUUGAAUUGAGCGAGAGUGCAAUCAACAUGCUUCUUCUUAAAAAUGGAAGAAGUGAUUAUUACGAGGUAACGGGAGGACAUAAACAUGAUUUUGUAGUCAACCUUGAUCGCAGGUCCACGCCACUGUCGGCGCAGAUGAGUACAGGUGAUAACCGCAUCUUGUCCGGGAGAGGAGCGGACAACUACUCGGUAAUCCUCGAUGAUGGCGUCGAUGUCAUUUAUGACAAGGGAGGCGACAACAUUUUAGCAGUCCAACUCCCUCUUGGGAAAAAUUUGAAUGAUGCAAAGAUUGGCAAGAAUAGUAAUAAUUUGGGAUAUAAAAUCGACAUCGAAGCCCGGCCGAGAGAUCAUCGCAUCGAGUUUAGUUUCUGGGGACGUAAGGAAAAUGGUGGUUCGGUGAAGAUCAUAGUUCAAGACAGCACAGGAAAACAGAUAACCUUUAAGCCAGUUUCGCGGCCAAAUAAGGCAGAAAAUAAUCAUUUUCACGUGAGCGUUCCGUUGGACGCUAUUACUAUGACAAGUUUGAGUAUUGUCCAGGUGACCAGGAUGUAUUGA